AUGUCAUCUCGAUCAUUAGAUUCAUGUUUAGUAUGUGAUGCAAAAGCUGUUGGAAUUAAUUUUGCUGUUCCAACAUGUGCACCAUGUAAAGCAUUUUUUCGUCGAAAUGCUGUUAAACUUGGCAGCCGUGAUUAUGUUUGUCAACAAGAUGGUGAUUGUCUGAUAACAUAUAAAUCUCGUCGUUUAUGUAAUUGUUGUCGGCUAGCAAAAUGUUUUCGUGUUGGUAUGCAAAAAUCAUUAAUUCGAUCAGAAGCUGAACGUGAAGCUAGGAAACAACUUGUUGAACAAAAUCGAAAAAAACGUGUUCAACCUCCUCCUCGUGUGAAAACGUUAGAGCUGAUUCGACCAUCAAACUUAUUGCUUUUAACACAUAGUCAAUCAAAAUCUUUAUCUUUAUCUGAUCAAACUCUUCUUACAAAUAUUUCUGGAGCAUAUGAACGAACAUGUAUAGCAGCAACAAAAGUUACUUCUCCAGCGUUUCCUACUUCAAAACAUGCACGUUUACACACAUUUCUCAAUGAAUAUACUGAACGUCAAAAGGCAUUAGUUAGAUAUUUUAAACUUAUACCAGAAUUUGACAGAGUAUCUAUAAAUGAUAAAAUACGUUUAAUUAGAAAUCAUUUUUGUGUAACACUUACUAUUAAUGAAGCAACACUUUCUUCAAGUAUAUCACAACAAUUAAUCGAUUCCGUGUCAUUUUUAUUCGAUGCUAAUAUAUCUGCUCAUCUUGUUAAAUGUAUUACAUUGAUUCAUUCUUAUACAUCUGAUCGUACGUUACUUAAACUUCUUCUUAUUGUUAAAAGUUUAUCAAGUGGUAUAAAUAGAUAUCGGAAUGAUACAGAUAUGGAUCGAAUUUAUGAUAAUACUUUAGAAAUUUUUGCUGCACAAAAUAUUUAUGUCGAAUUAUUAUGGAAAUAUCUUUUAUCACGUUUUCCAUCGGAACUUCAUGUUGUUAAGUUUUAUAACAAACUCAUUCAAGAUUUAAUGUUUACACAACGUGUUUGCUUCAUGACUGAAUCACAUAUAAAUAAUCGACCAAAUGAAAUACAACGAAUGGAACCAUUAAUACAAAGUAUGUGGCCAACAUCAAUCGGAUUGAACAAUUCAGAUGAUACAGAUAUUCACAUAAAAAAAAUUUCAUAA